CAAGAUGGUUGUCAAUGUUGAUAAGUGGUUACCUUAGGAAAUACCAGUGCCCGAGGUGGUUAGCUCUUUAUAAACGUUUAUUUAUUUGAAUAAUUAGUAGUACUGAGGUUGAACUGCGCUAGCAGAAGGUUAUGAUGUCUGUUAAGUGAUUUAUUUUGUUGGUGCCUGGAUGCAGGCAACACCAAUUAAUAAAUAAUAUAUUAGUUAUUAAAUAAAUAAAUAAAUAUAUAUAUAUAAACGAUGGCGGAGGGUGAGGAUGCUGAGAUACGUCGGGCUCUGGAUGUCGUCCAGUCAAUGAUCGAAAUUUCAGCAGAGAGAUUAGAAGGUCUCAGGACCAAGUGUUCAACUAGUGCUGAAUUAACUCAGCAAGAAAUUCGAACUCUGGAAGGGAAAUUAAUAAAACUUUAUUCAAAACAACUCGUUACCAAGUCGAAAUUAGCUGUCGGGUCUUUGCCACCUGAAAUGAGACAGUAUCCAUCAUUGUCACAGUGGCUGCGUGUUGUUGGUCUCACUCCGGAAUCCAUAAACAGCGUCUGCAGCAAAGCCCAUACUCUGGAAGCAUUGAAAGAAAAAUCCGAGCGCGAGCUGAGUUCGAUGUUGGGAGAAAAUAAUUCACGGCAUGAAGAAGAAUUACGUAGACUUUGCCGAGCUCUGCAUAAUCUACGCCGUUAUAUUGACGUUUUGUUAGAAGGAGACAAAGAAACUGACAUGAACUUGUACUGGGACUCGUGGGAUCGUCACCAUUUACGCAGUGGACCCUCUCCGAGACCCGUAAGAUCGCGAACUACCCGGAGCUCGGUGCCAUCUGAAGACAGUAUUCCUUAUCACAACAACAUAAACGUAAAUAACGACCUUCUGAGCCAGUCGUCAUCGAUUAUUUGUCUCACCAGCAGUCCGCCGUCGACUCCACUGCUGAGCAAGCAGGCGCGCGCUAACGUAAAGUUUCCCACGACUCCACCGCCGAGCAAAAAACACCAGAGCCAUCAGCCGCCUGAAGUGUUCCCGCUGACGAAGUCGAAAUCUCACGAGUCGCAGCUGGCAAAUCGGUUAGAAAACGGGGAGACCGAGCACCCGAGACGUAUCAGACUUCCAACGGAGCCGGGGUCUGACAGCAGCAAUGCCAACAUCGCUGAUACUCUGAAUAUCAGCAGUCCCAUUAAAUCUCCACCUUAUUCUAGUGCCGAGAGCGAUGACAACAGUUACAAAGGAACUGUCACCAGUCUCCAGGUACCCAAGUCACCACGAACUCCGACAGUGACUCGGGGAAUGGGUCACAUUAUCAACCACCGGUUCACAAAGACCUUCAAGAUGAUGACCACGUGCGACUACUGCGAGAAGCAGAUGUUCAUCGGCACGGGAUUGAAGUGCAAGGAGUGUAAGUAUAAAUGUCACCGGGACUGUGAGUCAAAGGUCCCGCCUUCUUGCGGACUGCCGCAGGAAUUAUUCGACGAAUUCAAACGGACACUUCAAGCUGACAGUUUCGCAAAUGCUUCGCCGACUUUGAGUAAACCCAGUGUUACUUCACCUAAUCACCAUCAUCAUAUUUCAAAUUUACUCAGCUCGCUUAACCGCAAGGACCGGAAACGAUCCCACCCUCACUCGACGAUAAACAUACCGUUCACUAGUGCUGACUCAAGUUCAACUACCUCGAGCUGCAACAGCUCAACUCCUUCUAGUCCAGCGUUACUGCCGGGUAAUCAAACGACUAGUCAAACAAUAACGAGCGUUAAUGUUACCAGUACUGCUACCAGCACUCACAUGAUGACGGUAAAGCAGCAGUUCCACUUUCCUGACGUGACACUCAAUGAGAAGACGCUGAUGGUCGAUGGACACAACCGACUGGACAGCACAGUCACCUCCAGUGACAGCGACAAGACUGUCAGUGUCUCAGGAUCGGGAAGUGUCAGCACCGACUCGGAGCGCACGCCAGUGAGAGUCGACUCCCAGGACUCCCAGGUCUCUGAUGGAGAGCCAGGAGACAGCCGCUGGCCGAGGCAGAACAGUUUGUCGAUGCGCGAGUGGGAGAUUCCCUACGACGAGCUGAAGAUCGGGGACCCGAUAGGCACUGGAAGAUUCGGGACCGUCUUCCGAGGGAACUGGCACGGAGACGUUGCUAUCAAGGUCCUGAACAUGGAUCACUACUCGGAUAAUGAGAAAACUCUUGAGGCUUUUAAGUUGGAAGUUGCGACAUUCCGCAAGACGAGACAUGAAAAUUUGAUUUUAUUCAUGGGCGCUUGUAUGAAACCUCCGCAUUUGGCGAUCGUCACUAGUAUGAGCAAAGGCAUGACGCUUUUUACUCAUAUUCAUUUGAGAAAGGACAGGUUUAAUAUGCUUAAGACUACCGUCAUUGCUCAACAGAUUUCUCAGGGAAUGGGUUACCUUCACGCACGUGGAAUAGUUCACAAAGAUCUAAAGAGCAAAAACAUAUUUUUGGAAACCGGGAAAGUCGUAAUUACAGACUUCGGUUUAUUCAGCGUAACAAAAGUUUGUUACGGCAACAGAAAAAGUAAUGGAUUGAGCAUUCCACCCGGUUGGCUGUGUUAUUUAUCACCGGAAAUAGUGCGGAGACUACGACCCCAGCGUACAAGAGAUCAAGAAGAAUUAUCAUUUACUGAAGCCUCUGAUGUUUAUGCCUUCGGAACCGUGUGGUAUGAAUUACUCUGCGGAGAGUGGCCAUUCAAAGGGCAACCACCUGAGGCAAUAAUAUGGCAGGUCGGUAAAGGAAUGAAACAAACUCUAGCAAACUUACAAGCUUCUCGUGAGGUCAAGGAAAUAUUGAUGCUCUGCUGGGCUUAUCAUGCUGAUAAACGUCCGGAUUUUUCAACAUUACUAUCAAAGCUUGAUAAGCUGCCGAAAAAAAGAUUAAUACGUAGUCCUUCUCAUCCCAUUCAAAUUUCGCGCUCUGCGGAAUCAGUAUUUUGAUAAUAGUAUUAAUUAAUUAGUUAAUUAAUUAAUUAAUUAACUGAUUAAUUAAUGAAAAAAAAACAGUCAAAGAUAAGAUGACGAGUAUUCAAUCAAUAGUAUUAAAUUUUAUUUAAAAGACAUUUUUUCGUUAAUUUAAAAUUUUUAUUUAUACAAAAUACUCAAAAUUAUAUAUUUAUAUGUAUAUAUUUUUUUUGUUUUUAUGAAAAUGUCUUUUAUUAUUUAAAUUGAAUUGUUGAUAUUUUUUCAGUAGUUAAAUUAUUUUUAUUAUCACUAUUGUUACUGAUGAAUUGAUAAUUAAAUUGUUAAUUUAACAAAAUAAUAAAAUAUCAAUGGAUUAUCGGUAGAGAUAAUUAUUGAGUGCACUAGUCAGACAGCACUUUUAAUUAUUAUGUAUUUUUAAAUUUAAUUUUUUGUAUAAUAUCAGACGUGCAUUUUAAAUGUAAAUAAAUUAUUUUAAAAUAAAAAAAAAAUUAUUAUUUAAAUGAGUGAGAUGUUAAAUUUAUCAUUAAUGUAUAUAAUAAAAAAAAAUAAACCGGUAACAAUUCAAA